CGGGGCGGGCCGCUGAUGGAGCGCGCCACCUGCCCCGGGCCGCUCGCGCGGGCGCUGCCCGUGCUGCUGCUGUGGCUCGUGGCAGGGACGGGGGCUGCGGGGCGCGUCCGCGACCUCCCGGCGCCGUCCUCCGACGCGGCGUUCGGCCUGGGGGCGGCGGCCGCUCCCACCGCGGCCUCCCGGGUGCCGGCGUCCGAGGUGACGGUGGAGGACGCAGAGGCGCUGACAGCAACCGCGGGGGAGCCCGAGCCGCCGGAGGAGCCCGAACCCGCCGACGAGGUGGCGCUGAGGCCGCGGAGCAGAUCCUUAGUAAUUAUCAGCACUUUAGAUGGGCGGAUUGCUGCACUGGACCCUGAAAACGAUGGUAAAAAGCAGUGGGAUUUGGACGUCGGAUCUGGCUCCUUGGUUUCAUCCAGCCUUAGCAAACCAGAGGUGUUUGGGAAUAAGAUGAUCAUUCCUUCUCUCGAUGGAGACCUCUUCCAGUGGGACCGAGACCGGGAGAGCAUGGAGACAGUUCCUUUCACGGUGGAGUCACUUCUGGAAUCUUCUUACAAGUAUGGAGAUGACGUUGUUUUGGCUGGAGGGAAAUCUUUCACGACCUAUGGGCUCAGUGCCUAUAGUGGAAAGGUGAGGUAUAUCUGCUCCGCUUUGGGUUGUCGCCGAUGGGAUAGUGAUGAAAUGGAACAAGAAGACAUCCUGCUUCUGCAACGGACCCAGAAAACCGUUAGAGCUGUCAGACCCCGCAGUGGCAAUGAGAAGUGGAAUUUCAGUGUUGGCCACUUUGAACUUCGGUAUAUUCCAGACAUGGAAACUAGAGCUGGAUUUAUUGAAAGCACCAUUAAACCCAGGGGGGACAAGGAGGAGUCUAAAAUCAUUUCAGAUGUGGAAGAACAGGAAGCUGCCAUAGUCAACACAAUCAUCAAAGUGUCUGUUGCUGAUUGGAAGGUCAUGGCGUUUAAUAGGAAAGGCGGACAUCUGGAAUGGGAAUAUCAGUUUUGUACUCCAAUUGCAUCUGCCUGGUUGGUUAAGGACGACAAAGUCAUUCCAAUCAGUCUUUUUGAUGACACAAGUUACGUGCCCCACAGUGAGGUUUUAGAAGAUGAAGAAGACAUUGUGGAGGCUGCUCGAGGGGCCACGGAGAACAGUGUUUACUUGGGAAUGUAUAGGGGCCAGCUGUAUCUACAAUCAUCAGUCAGAAUUUCAGAAAAGUUUCCUACAAGCCCCAAAGCCUUGGAAUCUGUCAACAAUGAAAAGGCCAUUGUUCCUUUGCCGACAAUCAAAUGGAAGCCCCUAAUUCACUCUCCUUCCAGAACUCCGGUGUUGGUGGGGUCUGAUGAAUUUGACAAAUGUCUUAGUAAUGACAAGUUUUCUCAUGACGAAUACAGUAACGGUGCACUUUCCAUCUUGCAAUAUCCGUAUGAUAAUGGGUACUACCUGCCAUACUACAAGAGAGAGAGGAGCAAACGAAGCACGCAGAUCACAGUCAGAUUUCUCGACAACUCGGCUUACAACAAGAACAUCCGCAAGAAGGAUCCGGUCCUCCUCUUACACUGGUGGAAGGAAAUAGUGGGGACCAUUCUGUUUUGCAUCGUUGCCACCACCUUUAUCGUGCGCAGACUUUUCCAUCCUCAUCUUCACAGACAAAGGAAAGAAUCUGAAACUCAAUGUCAAACUGAAAAUAAAUAUGAUUCUAUAAGUGGUGACACAAAUGACAGUAGCUGGAGUGAAAUAAAAAAUUCUGGAUAUGUAUCACGCUAUCUAACCGAUUUUGAACCAAUUCAGUGCAUGGGUCGUGGAGGGUUUGGAGUUGUCUUUGAAGCUAGAAAUAAAGUAGAUGACUGCAAUUAUGCUAUCAAAAGGAUCCGUCUCCCCAAUCGGGAAUUGGCUCGGGAAAAGGUGAUGCGAGAAGUUAAAGCGUUAGCCAAGCUAGAGCACCCAGGGAUCGUGCGAUAUUUCAACGCCUGGUUGGAAACUCCUCCAGAGAAGUGGCAAGAGAAGAUGGAUGAAAUUUGGUUGAAAGAUGAGAGCACAGAUUGGCCGCUGAGCUCUCCGAGCCCAAUGGAUGCACCCUCAGUGAAAAUACGCAGGAUGGAUCCCUUCUCUACAAAAGAACAUAUUGAAAUCAUAGCUCCUUCGCAGAGAAGCAGGUCUUUCUCUGUAGGGAUUUCCUGUGGCCAAACCAGUUCGUCCGAGAGCCAGUUCUCUCCCGUGGAAUUCCCCGGAAAUGACCCAGCAGACAUCAGUGGGUCCUUGGAUCCGGUGUACAACCUCCAGGACAGUUGCCUUACAGACUGCGAGGUGGAGGAUGGUACCAUGGAUGGCAAUGAUGAGGGGCACUCCUUUGAGCUCUGCCCUUCGGAAGCCUCUUACGUGCAGACACGGGAGCGAACCUCCUCUUCUAUAGUAUUUGAGGACUCUGGCUGUGAUAACGCCUCCAGCAAAGAGGAGCUCAAAACGAACCGACUGCACAUUGGCAACCAUUAUGCUCAUCAACUAACUAGUCUCGAGCAUUCCAGUAGCGAAUCUUCCUCCGAGCCCACCUUGUCUGUUUCUCCUCCAAGACCAACCACUUUAAGCUUAGACCUUACCAAAACCACUGCCGAAAAACUGCAGCCCAGCUCCCCGAAGGUGUACCUUUACAUUCAGAUGCAGCUGUGCCGGAAGGAGAACCUCAAAGACUGGAUGAACAGGCGCUGUACCAUCGAGGAGAGGGAGAGGGCCGUGUGCCUGCAAAUCUUCCUGCAGAUCGCGGAGGCGGUCGAGUUUCUGCACAGUAAAGGACUCAUGCACAGGGACCUCAAGCCUUCCAACAUAUUCUUCACAGUGGAUGACGUGGUAAAGGUUGGGGACUUUGGACUAGUGACUGCAAUGGAUCAGGAUGAGGAAGAGCAGAUGGUCCUGACCCCAAUGCCAGCUUAUGCCAGACACACAGGACAAGUCGGGACCAAACUCUAUAUGAGCCCCGAGCAGAUUCUCGGAACCAACUAUUCACACAAAGUGGACAUCUUCUCCUUAGGUUUGAUUCUAUUUGAGCUGCUGUACCCAUUUGGCACUCAGAUGGAAAGGGUCCAAACCUUAAGUGAUGUAAGAAAUCUCAAAUUUCCACCCCUGUUUACUCAGAAAUAUCCUCGUGAGUACGUGAUGGUGCAGCACAUGCUCUCUCCAUCCCCCGUGGAGCGGCCUGAAGCCACAGACGUCAUCGGAAAUGCGGUGUUUGAAGACUUGGAACUUCCAGGAAAAACAGUGCUCAGACAGAGGUCUCGCUCCUUGAGCUCAUCCGGAACAAAGCAUUCAAGACAGCCGAGCACCUCCCAGAGCCCUUUGCCAAGCAAUUCGCCUUAAAGUUGUGCUGGCAACCAAACAGGUGACAGAGCCGUCCAGUCCACCUCUCAGGAACGUGGCUGUCCGGCAUUGAGGACUGCGCUCUCCGCUGGGUCUUAUGUUGAGCUGCCUGUUCUCAGUCAAAUGACCGGUGGGCUUGGAGGCACAGCCUGUUGGAGCCAGCGGUGGACUGGUUGUGGGUGCUGUCGUUACACUCCGGCAGAAGACUGUCCCCGAGCUUUUCACGUGUGGUCCUGUCUCUUCGUUGGUCUCUUGAGACUGGCUGGCCAAGCUCAGUAGCCCUCACCUCUGGCCUAGGGAGGUAGCCUCAGCCCCAAAAGUACGUGGCGACAAUGAAAACAGAAAUAUUUUUAUAGUACAAAGGAACAGCCGUACCCACGUGUGGUAACAAUACUGUCCUAGAAACAUGCUUUCUAGAGAUAAGGGUGAUGAUUUGAAAAGGGAACUCUUAUCUUGUCCCUGGUGGGUCAGUAGGGAAUCCACACUGUUUUGGAGUACAAACAGCACAAAUUGACGGGUUAUGCCCAUGGCUAGUUUUAUAGUGAUAUUUGUAGCAUUAAUAGCUUUUAUUCCUUAGGUGAUUCUAGGGAGCGUUCCGGAACUUUUUGUACUUUUACAUUCAUUAAGAGGAAAAUGAAGCUUUUUGUGUAAACUGGUCAAAAGUUCUGGUUUAGAGAGGGAAAAAAAAGUCGUAGUAAGAAAUGAAUCAUAUAUUACAUCUAACUUCUUCCUUCCACUUUUUUUUAAACUAAUGAAAUCUUAAGUGUCUUCUAUGUAAUCAUCUAGGUUGGUACUUCCCCCAAACUAAUUCUAGGUAACAGUUUAAUCAUCUAACCUGACUCACAACAUUUUUAUUUUUCCCUGUAAAUAUGUUUAUUUUUUAUUUAUAAAAAUCCUGGAAUCAAUCCAUUUGGGUUGGUGGUGUACAGAACGCACUUGGCGUGUGUUAACUAUUGUGACUUCUUUCAAGUCUAAAUGAUUUAAUAAAACUUUUUUUUUAA